AUGGCAGUUCCUGUGUUGGAGACCUAUGCAUGUACAGAACAUCUAUGGUGGAACAUCCAUCUGCAUGAAUUUAAGAUCCUUUUGGGUCCUUAAGGUCUGAGAAAGGCCAAUCGUGUUAACCAAGUUCAUAGUACCUUUGACAGGAACAAGAUAAAAUGUUAUACUUUACACUUGGCUAUGAUUCUGCAUUUCUCCUGUUAUUUUUCUUCCUAUAAAUUAGCCUUAGUGGCCGUAAGACCUAAUCUUGGAAAGGCAAAGAGCGAUGCUUUAGCACUGUCCACAGUUAUUAAUCUUGAAAUCAAGAUUAGUAAAACUUGGGAAACAACAAGAGAGGCAGUGGCUGUACAAACCCUUAAUGGCUGGCAAACUCUGAGUCCUGAGGAAUUGGUCUUUCAUAAGACUGAUAUAAAUAAUGAUAUUGAAUUGACUUUAGAAGAAUUUACCAAUGGCAUGGCAAAAGAUCAGGACCUACUAGAUUUUGUUUCCUUUUCAGCACCUUUAAAUGUGCUGAAAAUAACCUGUAAUGGGAAGCAGCCUGACAGUGAGAAAGAUUCCUUCAAACAUCCGGACCGGGCUGGUCUAGCAAAAGUGAAAAUGAAGUAG